AUGAAUCUGAAGGAUUUGGACGUGGACGCCAACAACAAAUCUCUACAGCGCAGUCAUGGAUUAAGCUGGGACUUGAACACUUACUAUUUCAUGUUUCAGUUGUCCUUUGAGAACAAACCAAUCACCCAUAGAGGAAUACUGUCAACAAUCAACAGCACGUACGAUCUGCUUGGAAUUUUAGCACCUAUAAUUAUAUAUGAAAAACUCGUACUCAGGAGUUUAGUAUCUGAAACUGUUGAUUGGGAUCAUCUUAUCUCUGAUGAGUUAGCUCUUGAAGCACGAAGAAUUCCACGCACAUAUGUACCUUACCUCGGCAGAACAACAACUCGAGAACUACACGUUUUCUCCAACGGAUCGAAAAAAACCAUCCCAGUUGUCGUUUAUCUUUGCACUACAGACUCGAAUAGGACUCCACAUCUUCGAAUCGUUCUCGGAAUGGCAAAAUUCGCACCUACUAGUGGGCACACUAUUCCAGUCUUGGAACUUUGUGCAGCUGUGCUUGGUGUCAACAUCGCACAAUGUGUUAUAGAUCAAGUCGAUAUACACAUCGAUAAUGUGAAAUACUACAUGGACAGCAAAAUAGUCUUGGGUUACAUCUUCCAUGAAACAAGGAGGGUUUUCAUAUAUGUCGCUAAUAGAGUGGCGCGUAUCAGGAAAUUCUCAAAUCCUAGUCAAUGGGGUUACGUACCCAUAGAUCACAAUCCAGCAGAUUUAGGAACUAGAUCUGUACUAACUAAAGAUCUACAGGACAGCAUCUGGCUUUUUGGACCACAACAAUUUUUAGCCAGUAAUUGUAAGAAGUCUUGCAACCAAGGACAUCAACUUGUGGAUCCGGAUGAAGACUAUGAGAUCCGACCCACAGUCACUGUACUGAAAACUUGCGCUCCAUCUGAAAGUGUCUUAGAAACCCAUAGAUUUGAAAGGUUUUCAAACUGGAAAAGACUUGUUAAAGCCAUAGCUUUUUUGAAACGGCUCACACACGCAUGCAGAAGCAAGAAACUGCUAACAAACGCUAUAACCAUUGAUGACUGUCUCGACACUGAGCACUUCAUCACAAGAUCCGUUCAAGCAACAGCCUUUAGAGAGGAAAAGAACCGCAUCCUACAGCAGAACGCCAUCAGCAAACGAAGUUGCAUUGCUAACCUAAACCCAUUCUUGGAUGAGCCAGCAAUAAUGAGUGUAGGUGGACACAUCUCUAAUUCUGAUCUGUGCUUACAAGAGAAGAAACCCAUCAUAAUUCUAGGACGUCACCACGUGGCUACACUGCUUCUUAGACAUUAUCACGACAAGAUGAAACAUCAAGGUCGACAUUUUACUGAGGGAGCUAUCACAUCUGCAGGAUUGUGGAUUACAGGUGCUAAACAACUGAUCUCAUCCGUCAUUCACAGGUGUGUAACUCUGGAGGUAUCACCGCCAUUCACUAAUGUGGGAGUGGACACCUUCGGACUGUGGAACAUAGUUAUCACAUAG